CUUUUUUUUCCCCCAGAAAGGAUGGAUAUUUAUAUUGCCCCCGAAGCCACUCAGUAACAAGUUUAAUCUGUGAGGUGCAUUCAAUAAGUUGUAAUGUCAGAAGUACGUUGUGUCCACAAGGAUCCUGGAAGAAAUUCGUUUGCUGCACAAAAACAGGUGAUAGCGGGAUUUUUAACUAGACGGUAGUUAUUUCCUGAAGAAUACUGUAACCAUAUGCAUCACGAAAAAAGUCACGGUGUCCGUCUGUUAUCUAAAACUGGUGGCCAAAAUAUCAAGCUAACGUACGUCAGCUAAUUACACUGAAAGCAGAGUUGGAGGUUUUAAGGUGAGACUCGGUUGCUGCACUGGUUUCUCAUCGGGUUGCGAAUAGCUGCGAUAUGGCAGACCCACUUGGAACCUUUCAGUCUCAACUUUCCGGGGUGAUGGAAACAGUGUUCAAAGCUGCCAUGUAUGAGAUCACCAGACUUGUGGAGGCCAGUUUUAUGGAGGAGAUAACGCGCUGCAGAGAGCAAGUUGAGUCCUUGAAGAGGAGACUGAAGUGGUCUGAAAGCCGACGCAAAGAAGUGCGCGACGAAGGCGAUGAGCUGAGGUGGGCUGAUUACGAAAGACUUGAGAUGUCAAACGAAGAGAAACCGAAAAUGCUUCAAUCAGAUAUAACUCUUAAGCAAGAGAGUGGACUACAGGUACAUAUGAAUAGCCACGAGGGAACUGAUGAACAAACAUCUUGUUCUGAAAUGGAGGCCCACAGUGGCCUGAAGGCAUCACAGUCCUUAUCAUAUGUGCAAACUCUAGGCAGACUGCUCAAGGAGGAAACCCUGCACCUAGCAACAGAAGCCAAGGAUUCAGAGGAUUUAGAUGAAAUGGAGUGCUCACAUCUCGCGGGCCCAAGUAAACACUCUCGAUUCCAGAGAUUUCCAAAGUCUCACUGCGAAGCUGGCUUGGACCAAAGCUUGGAAUCAACUCACAAUGUUGAUUCUGGUGAUCAAUCUGAACCACUUUUGCAGAACAGGCAUGUCACGAAAGAUUUAGGUGACUUUAAAAAGACUGACUAUGGUGUCACCAGCAUGAUAUAUAAUUUGGACGAAUUACAAGGAUCAUCAUCACGGCUGAGCACCGACCUGACCUACAUGAGCCACUAUGAAGGCAACGUAGAAGCACAAGUGGAGGCUAAGGAUCAAACUUUCCAAACAGGUGAACCAAGAAAACACAAGGGAACAGCAGAACCAAAUACAGGGUCACCCACAAGGACUAACACAGAUUUAAUAGAGUUCAGUUGUUUAUUGAUCAAUGAGGAAGGAUACAUCCUGAAUCAAAACCAAAGCCUUGUGUCCCCUGCACAUCCUUCGAGUGAUUCAGGUGGAAGAUUGAGCUUCCAUGACCAAGGCCAAGGCAUUCGUAUUGACAAAUCUUUGGACAGUCCAGCAGACAUGUACAAAUCCUCAAAUGUAUACAACGCUUGUGAUACCACACAUCUUGGUGAGCGACUUCAGGUUCAGACAACAGGUAAAGGAAGUCGGAGGCACAUUUGUGACCAGUGCUCUCUGUCCUUUACUGAUUCUGGUGCUCUUAAGGCCCACAAGCAAACACACAGAGGUUUUGGGCAAGGGCCACCUUACACCUGUGAGCAUUGUGGAAAAGCCUUCACUCAAGCCUGUAAUCUAAAAGUCCACCAGAAGAUCCAUUCAGGGCAAGGGCUUCAUCUCUGCAGCCAAUGCGGUAAAGGUUUUCCUUCUUUGAAGGAGCUGAAGACUCACAAGUGUGGCCAGAAUGCCAACAAAUCGUAUGGUUGCACUAUAUGUGGUAACAAAUUCACCCGUCUUUGGAACCUGAAGUUGCACCAGAGAAUUCACACGCAGGAAAAACCUCAUCAGUGCACCACAUGUAAUAAGUGCUUCACACGUGUUGACAUCUUAAAAGUGCACCAACGUACCCACACAGGAGAAAGACCUUACGGUUGCACCGUGUGUGGGCUCACUUUUAAACGCUUAGAACAUCUCAAAUCACAUCAACGCAAGCAUGUAACAGAUCUGUGAAAAAGGGAAAGUGACACGGGAUUAAAUGCUUUUGUUGUUUUUCCCAUAAAUAAACAUUACUCAAUCUGUAAACGAUAUUUGUAUGUAUCUCAAAAAAUCAUUUAAAGAAAUGUAACAUGAUUUGUGAUGACAAAGAUUCAGAAUAAAUAUUUCCUCCAUGUAAAAUGA